GCUGGCCUUUCCCCCACAAUCUCCCUUGAGCCUCGAGGCACCCUACAACAACAACCCAUUCUCGUUCUCUGAAUUUGUCCAUUUGCUGAAAUUUUGAGCAGCUUCUGCGCCCCACCCUUUGAGCACAGGGGACUCUCUUUUUCUUCUCUCAGACGGGACCUGAGCCAAUGUCGUGUCGGAGCAGGGUGGGAUUGGCCGGAUUGGCGGUCUUGCUGCUUGUUUCAGUGCUCUGCGCAACAGCACCCCACGCAGCAGCUGCCUCGCUCGGUGGUGUUAGCGCCAUCAGCAGUAGCAGUGCGGGUCGUGGUGGUGAUGGUGGUCGAGCGACGACGACAGCGAGCAUGAGCUUGAGUGGCAACUCGACGAGUUCGCUCCCACCGACGCACGUCUCGCUCCUGCAGCAGCCGCAGCAGCCCCCGCUGGCCGACGACGAGAGCGCCGUUGGUGGUGGCUAUGGGCCUGCGCCGCGCUACGCGUUCAAGUGCACCGACAUCAUGGACAACGACGACCCGUGCCUGUUUGUGACCAUGGUCGAGGACUGCCAGAAUCUUGCUGGCCGCUACAACUACCUGUUCAUCCCAUUCUGCAGCGAACUCCACAACGAACCGCAGUCGGGCUCGUUGCUGGGUCUGCUCGUCAUCUACUUGUUUCUGGCGCUCGGCUGGCUUGCCGAUGAAAUUCUGUGCCCUUCCUUCAGCGCUGUUGUCCACCGACUCGAGUUGGAACCUUCCCAGGGGGGUGCAAUGCUUCUGGCACUGUCAAGCAGCAUUCCGAAAAUACUGGUGAUUGCAUACACCUUCCCACCGCCCACGGCACUGCUCUACAAGGGUCACGUCUAUGCGGCCAUGGAUGGCAUGCUGGGGAGUAUGCUCAUCAACUCGGGCCUGAAUGCCGGCCUUCUGCUCACGACCUUGGUCUUUUCCGUCGACCGAUUUGCAUUGGUUCGUGAUUUGGCCUUGCUGGCGGCGGUGGUUGGCUUGCUCCUGUACCCAAUUCACGACGGCAAGCUUACAUCGGCAGAGUCUACUGGCUUCCUCUGCUUGUUUUCCGUAUACCUGACUGUGUUUGUGGCGGGAGCGUGGCGCCGGUGGCGCGCUGCUGUUCGUACGCAAGACGGCGAGCGCCAGCAUCUCCUCCCGCCUCAACAAGCUGGCGAUUCCUCGCGGACGCCAGCAGCGCGCACACCAUCUGCAGCCAACAGGAGUGUAAAUUCCAAUCCUCCCCAGCGCACACAAGCCACAGCCGAUAGUUCUUGCCACUACGGCGCAUAUGGCACCAUCGUCACGCUGACGGACGGCGGAGACGAUCCAUACGAAGAUGUUUCGUCCUUUCCUGGAUGGGCGGAUCAGCUCCAAGCGUCCAACCAGCUCGAGUCGCCUCCCGACUAUGGGUCUCAAAGGAAGGCUCCUAUUGACAGGCAUGAGGGGCAACAACCUGCUCCAUCAGGCACGUUUUUCUCCACACAGCAGUGGCGGACUGUGGCGAAAGUCAUGUCCCCCUUUCGCAUGAAAGACUGGAAGGAGGCUGGCGUCUUUGGCAAGUUUAUCAUUCUGCUGAAAGCUCCUUGCGUGCUGGUGUUCAAGCUCUUCAUUCCUAUUUAUGCCGAGGACGAGACAAACAACCAUUGGAACCGGAUUGUCGCUGUUUGGCACGCGCUCGUCACGCCCGCGUUUUGCAUGUUCUUGGUGAAUGUGCCGGCCUUCAACUCUGACAUUUUCGAACAAUGCGCUGUCUGGAUGCUGAUGCCUGUGCUGUGCAUCCCACUUGCCAUUUUCGUUUGGUGCACAAGCAACUACGACCGUCCACCAAAGUACUUCCUGGUCUUUGGCGCAGCCGGAUUUGUUGCUUCUGCAAUUGCACUUUAUGCCAUCCAAAAUGAGCUCGUAAAUGCGCUGAUGGCGAUCGCCAAAAUCAUCAACAUUAAUGACACUCUGAUCGACAGCACCGUUCUCUUUUGGGGUGUUGCUAUCGCAGAUCUUGUCACCCAAGUCACAGUGGCCAAGUACGGUCUGGCCGAGCUGGCCUUCUUCGCUGGUUUGAUAAAUCCAAUUUUGACCAUGGCGCUCGGAAUGGGAAUGGGCGGGCUGAUGGCCUCGUCUGCGAAUGAUGCUCCGUUUGUGCUUGAGAGUGCGGGUGACACUCAGCUUACCCUUUCAGCUGCGUUUGGGCUGGCAAAUGUUGGCAUUCUUGCGAUUGGCGUGCCACAGUGCAAAUUCACGUCACAUCGUUGGUUUGGCCUUGGUGUCGUGGUUUGCUACUUUGGGUAUCUGCUCACCUGCGUCAUGAUAGCUGCCGUCGCUUCCAUAUGAGAGUCGCAAGGACUGUGGUGUGUCGUGUACUGUGGUUUUUUGGUCUGAGUUUUUUUUUUGUUUGUACUUCUUUUGCUUGGUUCCACAUACAUUUAAAUCUACUGGAUCCGAGGUCUCUUGUGGUAUUUAUAAUAAGAACCAAACUCGGG